AUGGAACAUACUAUAGCGAGGAAGACGAACAUCUACGCCCAGGAGCAGCUUCUGAGAAACCUGGACACCAUGAGAAAGUACACGUGUAGUAUUUGUGGUCGUGUGAACACGUGUCAACCUAAUCUGGACAAACACAUGCGAACACAUACAGGGGAGAAACCACAUCGAUGUCCAGUUUGUGGUCGAGGGUUCGCAGACAAGAGCAACUUGAUAAAGCAUUAUCGAGCCAGAAGUACCUCAGUUGCCCAGAACAGGAAGGAAACCUUUGUAGAUGGCUCGUCGUUGAGUAUGUUAGGUCUUGGACGGUACAGACAGUGCCCACAGUGUACGAAAGUUGUGCCAUCAAAGUGUGACCUUGUGAAACAUAUGAGAAUCCAUACAGGAGAAAGACCGUUCAAGUGUGAAUACUGCAACGAGACAUUUUCCGUUUCAAGUCAAGACUACCCGACACAGAUCUUGUCAUAUGACGAAGAUUUGGAGUUAAAGGUACCUGGAACGCCCUUCAGAAAAUGCCCGAUAUGUACGAAACUGUGUGAGAGGAUGUUUCCUGGCAAAAAUCUGACUUGUGAAAGUUGCGGAAAGUUCUUUACAGCUCCGUGUCGACUAAAGACGCACAUGCGAACACACACAGGGGAAAAACCAUUCGUUUGCGAUUUUCCAAACUGUACAUUGGCGUUUGCCCAAAACAGUGAGAUUUCAAGCAUGUUAGACGGGAUAGAAGCAACGUUUUGCCCUGGGUGUGGGAAAUCCUUCCCCAGCAAAUGGAAUAGAGACCGACAUUUUCAAAUCGUGCAUGCCAAAGUCAAGCCAUGGCAGUGUCUGGUGAGCGAAUACUGGGGCGAUAUCACCGUGCCGUUUGAUUCGACGUCCACCAAACUACAGAAACGAGCAAGACGUCACGAGUGUGACUUUUGUAAGAAAAAGUUCACAGACAACCAUAACCUACAACAGCAUCGGCGAAUACACACAGGAGAGAGGCCAUUUGAAUGUGAAAUCUGCCAAGCACGGUUUGCAAAUAACCCGCAACAUUUCCUACAAAGUCUGGGCCUGCCGAAGGUGAAGUUCCAGUGUGAGUUUUGCCUGAAGGUCCUCAGUGACAACCACGCCCUCGUCCAGCACCGGCGAAUACACACAGGUGCAGUAACCAAGACAACUACAGCGCGGUACCAGUGCGAGUUCUGUCACAAGGUCAUGUUUAACAACCACGCCCUGGUCCAACACAGGAGGGUGCACACGGGGGAGAAACCGUUCUCAUGUCCCAUGUGCGGGAAGAGCUUCAACACAAAGGGGGGGCUGAAAACACACGCUGUCGUGCACCUGAGAUUAUGA